AAUCGCUUCUAAAAUCAUUUCAUGUAAACAGCGUAUUAAAAGAAGCAAUGAAAUGAUUACGGAAUAAUAUUUGACUUUACUGGAAAUUAGCUUUUAAAUGCCACACUGACAUUGUAAUAGAUUGUUGGUAGUUGUAGAUUGGAAAAUGCAUUUCUUGAAACCGCGAAUAAGCCGUUAUUUGCAGAAAUCCAAAAAAUUUUCAUUCAAAGCGCGUGUUGGUGUGGUUUUCAAAGGAAAUUGCCGAGUUUUCGCAUUCGUAUGCGUUUGUCAUCUCAAAAUUAAUACAAAAUUUCCGAUUUCGUGUCCGAUUUUUUGGAAAUUUUUAUUCCAGAAACGGUGACCAUGUAUGCCGCUGUGAGACCGCUCUCCAAAUAUUUGCAAUUUAAAUCAGUCCGCAUAUACGAUGUGGUAUUCACAUUGCAUUCCAAGUGCACAGUGGUCCUCUUGUUGACUUGCUCAUUUCUGUUAUCGGCCAAGCAAUAUUUCGGUGAACCCAUACAAUGUAUGGGCGAGCGCAUGUACGGUGAAUUUGUUAACUCAUUUUGCUGGACAAUGGGCACAUAUGUUUUCAAUGUGUACGAUGUGCGAGAUCGUAUUCCACAUGGGAAUAAACUGCUAAGUACACAGACUGGAGAUGAUGCAUCUCCUUACAUAGCAGAAGGAAUUAUCGCUGAGGUACCCGGAGUCACAGAGCGUGUAUAUUUGCGCUACUAUCAAUGGGUCAUAAUGUUGUUGUUGCUGCAGUCUGCCAUCUUCUAUUUUCCAUCCUUCCUGUGGAAGAUUUGGGAGGGUCAACGUCUAAAGCAGCUAUGCUACGAAGCUGGUCAUGCAUUGGUACCGGAAAGUAUUUAUGUGGACCGCCUUAAGCUUUUGGUCGAUUAUUUUUCAACGGACUAUAAAGAUAUACACUUCUGUUACAUGGUAAAAUGCUUAUCAUGUGAAGUACUAAAUUUUAUAAUCAGCGUAAUCAACAUUUUGUUGCUCAACGUAUUUUUAAAUGACUUUUGGACAAAAUACAUUGAGGCUUUAUCUGCUAUACCACGUUAUGAUUGGGAUAAUUGGAAUCGCAUUACUUCGCGAAUUUUUCCGAAACUGGCAAAAUGUGACUACUAUUCAGUUGGUCCUGGUGGAUCUCAUAACAAGCGCGAUGUUUUAUGUAUUCUACCGUUGAAUAUAUUAAAUGAGAAAAUCUUUGCUUUCCUCUGGUGCUGGUUCAUCAUAAUGGCUAUAAUUGCUGGGUUAAAUUUGUUCUAUCGUUUAUUUCUCAUAUCCAGCAGGACCUUUCGUAUGAAAAUGAUCAGCACACAAUUGCGCCCAAUGUCUUCAACACAGGUGCAGCUAGCUCUUGAGAAUAUGACCUUCGGCGAUUGGUUUUUGUUAUUUAAGGUUAGCGUAAAUAUUAAUCCAAUGCUAUUUCGAGAUAUCAUACAAGAAUUAUACGAAAAACGACAGCUGAGAAAUAAUUUGAAACCAGUUUAAAUGGAUCAAUGUAAAAUGCGCUAAAGUUGACCUAAUAUUUUGCUCUAGUCGUUAAGUAAGAAACUGCCUUAAAAAUUGUAACUACGAAAAAGAAACUAUUGGAUGUAUUUUUCAGUUUCUCAAGAUGUUUUACAGAAUAAUACUCAACUUGAUAUUGAUUGUCACGUUACAAUAAUGAAAAUUAGUUGACUGAAUUUCUAUGUUGUACAAAAAAGUUAUCAUUAAAAAUAUGUAUCUUACUAAUAUUAGCUUACACCGAUAUGGAUAAAUGAAUUUGCUUUUGUGAUUAAUAAACUUAGUGCCACCUGAAGCGCACAGAAUAGGUACAUACAUCAAGAACGAUGUAUGUAUGUAGGCGCGCAUUUAGCUUUGUUUGGUACUUAUUGAAUUACAUAUAUAGUUUUUUUUUUACUAUCUAAAAAAUGAUAAAAUAAAUUAAAAUAAGAGAUUUCUUAACCAAACUAAUUUAAAUAUGAACUUUUCUUUUCUAUUUUUGUUUACUAAUUCUAUGUACAUAAAUAUGUAUGUAUCCACGUAAUGUAAAA